AGCAUAGAUACAAAUAUAUGUGUAUAUCACAGAUUAUGUUGCGUAUAUGCACUGGUAUUCUGAAACUGGCACACCUCAAUGUAAAGGAGCCAUUAUUGAUGUUAUUAGCUUCACUUCUGUUUAGAAAUUUGAACAAUACAGCUGCUAAAGGCAGAUCAACUAAUGCCAUCAAGUUGUUGUACAUGAAAUAACCAGUUAGUGGCGCCAUUUUGUGUCUGUCUUUUGCCUUUUCACUAGUGUUGUCAGAUAAUUUGGCAUUUUUUUUUAUUGUCUGGGCGGGUAAAAAUUGAUGUGUCAGAUGAGGUGCAUGCAGGUGUUCUUUAAGCAACCAUGAGUUAGUUAUUGUAGUUUGGCCCAGUCUGCUGUUGCUGCAGGUGCAGUGAUACACUGUUCAUGGAGGUAAGUAAGGUAGGCUAACUACUUUAGAACCUUAUACCUUGGUCAGAUAUAAUUAUAUAUUUUUAGGGUCGGUGUAACUCACACUUUCCGAAAAUAUUAUUAUCUUCGAUGUCCGAAAUUUAUAAACAUCCCUAAAUUUUUUUUAGAAACAAAGACUCUGUUUAUUUUUCAGAACUUGCCUGAGAAUCAUCACGUUUUUAAGUUUUCUUCAGUGUCAAAUUAAUACAUUAAUAGUUGUCAAAAUAACUAAUAGUACAUGGCAAGCGGGUACUGGUAGUAGCUAAUUCGGCGUACCUCAUUUUCCACAACGUGACCACACAUAAGUCAAACACGGGUCUUUAAUUGUAGCCUACUGCAGAAAUCUUUGAGCUACUUUUACAACGACUGGGCGGGUUCAAGGCUCUGAUUGGGCUUUUUGUCAGCCAAUCUGGCAACACUGUUCACCACCAGGUGUUGUUAAUUUUGCACCAACGAAAGAGCACAUCAACUAGUGGUUACAUGUGUUUGUUACGUGUGACUUAAAAAAAUACAGUUUAAAAUGUGUUACUUUCUUAUGUUUGUUAUUUUACCCCUGCUGACUCCUGCUGAUGGAGGAGCACUGUGGAGGUCAGAGUCCUUAAAUAAAACAACCCACGUGAUGUCAAAAAUUGUCAGGAGAGAAACACGGACUCUGCCGCCGCCAUUCCUCCAUCUCCCCAUGUUUGUGGACUCAGGCCUGCCGCUGCUGGGGAAGGAGCAUUUCUCUCCAGCCAGAGGCACCGGGAAGGAGCCUUUACCUGAAACCGUCCGGGAGCUCCUGAUACCGGUUCAGCAGCACAGCACCAGUCUGCCAAACGUUUCGGGAGUUUCCGUCAGGACUUCUUGCAAGCAGAACAAAAUGCGCGUGCAGGUGCAGAGGAGCUUGUUGGGAACCGGUGAACCACAAUCUCAGCUCAAACUGGGGACAUGCCAGGCCAGCAGAUCCACGAGGGAUUACCUUCACUUUGAAUAUGAUUUUGGCAUGUGUGGAACCAGACGCACGAUAACUGAUAACCAGGUGGCCUAUUCAAACACACUACAUUAUGAUCCACCAAAGCUCCAGGGACCAAUCAGACGAGCUAUGUCCUUCACCCUGCCUGUUGCAUGUUACUAUAACAGGUACCAGUACUCCUACAAAAUUGGUUACACACCAAAGAUGCGAAUGCGCAAGAUCUUCAAAUCAAUGAAGAACAGAGCAAAAUUCAUUCUCACUCCACGAAAUGCUCAGUGGGAAAGGCUUUCUCCGUCAGAUCACUACAUGCUUGGAAAGCCCAUGUACUUUGAGGCUGAGGCUCCAUCAAUGUCCCAAGACAAAAGACUAUACAUCAACUCGUGUUAUGUGACUCCUGAGAAGUCCCACACCUCUGCACUUCAGUUUCCAGUUGUGAAAAACUUCGGGUGUAUGGUUGAAAGCAAGGACAGUCAUUCUAGGUUCAUCCCAUACAAAAACAAUGCUGUGAGAUUCUCUGUGGAUGCCUUUUUGUUCAAGGGAAUGACAGACCAGCAGCUCUACAUGCACUGCAGCUUGUCUGUGGCCAGCUCUGUGCCCUCAGCAACAGCCAAGUCCUGCAACUACGACACAAAAGCAGGAAGAUGGGUUGAGCUGUAUGGAUCAGACUCUGUGUGCACCUGCUGCAACUCCAACUGUGGCUCUGCUGCAUCCACAGUGACCAAAAUAAUCAGCAGCAGACCGUGGACAAUAGAGCCUAAAGUGAAACCUACCACAACCCCAAAGAGGAAGAUGGUUUCCACCACCACCACAUCAACAAUGGUGGCACCACAACCUGAGACGACCAGAGAGGUGACUGAAUCGAGCACCACCUCACAGCCUGAAGUGACGGCAGGGACUCCGACUGGUAAGGUGGCGAAUACGGGGAAGGAAUUAGAGUGGCCCUUCGGAGGUGGAGGAGUGAAGUGGGUUGAGUUGGAAGGUGAGGAGAGGCGGGUGAAGGGCUCAGCUGUUGUGGAGGAGGUGGUCACAGAACCACACAGAAUAUUUGAAGAAAUCUUUGAUUUUGACAAAUAAAGCUUACAUAUGAACAGUGAUAAGGUCUGUACACAGGACUUCAUUAUAUAACACCUAAUGUGGUAAAAUUAUCUGGACGUCUGUAAAUAAUAUUGAUGUUUUCUGUAUUAUUACAUGUUUGUGUUCUAACUUUGGUACUAACUUCACUUAUCACUUGCCAUCUAUAUCAAUCAUCUCUUAAAAGAAAUGUUUCAAUAUUUUGGGGAAUAAGCUUAUUGAAAAGAUACUCCUAUCUGUUCAUGCAUUAGAAAACUACAGUCAGCAGUUGGUUAGCUUAGCUUAGCAUAAAUUAAUAUGCUAUACGGAUCAAGCUAGCUGUCUACCUCUGUCUUAGUGUUAAGCUAAAAAUCUGAAUCAGCAGCCUCAAACCUCGAGUGGUAUCAGUCUUAUCUAAAUCUUGGCAAGAAAACAAAUAUGCAUUUUAUUCAUUAAACUUACAAAGUAU